AGUUCCUCAUUCUGGUGCCAGAGUGUAACAUUCUGUGUAAAGCGGCUGUGUGUCUGUCAGCAGUUGGAAUCUGAGGAAUAAAAAUACCUUCAACCACAACACUUUUAUACAACAGGAGUGUCAGAGCGGCACGAUGGGCUGUUUGGAGUCCACACUGAAUGGAGGUCUCGACAAGGGGGUGGAAGGGAAGAACAGCCAGCAGACUGUGCAUACCGACCAUAUGCGCUACGUCAGAGACCCCACAUCCAAUACAAAAAACAAUCUAGAUAACUCCUUGUUGCCUGGUCAGAUGUUUCAAAAAAUGGAAGAGCAAAAGGAUGCUUGUAAAACUGUGAUUGCCAUAUACCCAUAUGAAGCCAUGCACCCGGAUGACUUGGGAUUCAAGAAGGGAGAAAAGAUGAAAAUCUUAGAAGAACAUGGUGAGUGGUGGAAAGCACAAUCACUGCUGACCAAGAAGGAAGGAUUCAUCCCAUCUAACUAUGUCGCCCAAACUAACACCAUGGAAACAGAGGAGUGGUUUUUCAAAAAUAUCACAAGGAAAGAUGCAGAGAGGCAGCUGUUGGCUCCAGCAAACAAAGUAGGAUCUUAUCUUAUCAGGGAAAGUGAGACAUCAAAAGGAAGUUACUCAUUGUCCAUCAGAGAUGUGGGCCCCCAAGGGACGGAGUCGGUCAAACACUAUAAGAUCAGGCUGUUGGAUAAUGGGGGAUGCUACAUCUCUCCUAAAAUCUCUUUCAAUGACUUUGGCAGCAUGAUCAAACACUACCACAACACGGCAGAUGGGCUGUGUCGUAAACUGGACCGCCCGUGUGUAAAACCCAAAGCUCAGAAACCGUGGGAUAAAGAUGCCUGGGAGAUUUCAAAAGAAUCCAUUACAAUGGUGAAGAAACUUGGAGCAGGCCAGUUUGGAGAGGUCUGGAUGGCAUACUACAACAAAACCAUCAAAGUUGCAGUGAAGACACUGAAGCCAGGCACCAUGACUGUGGAAGCUUUCAUGGAUGAAGCAAAUGUCAUGAAAACUCUACAACAUGACAAGCUGGUGCGGCUGUACGCUGUGGUCACCAAAACUGAGCCCAUCUACAUCAUCACCGAAUUUAUGGCUCAUGGCAGCCUACUAGACUUCUUAAAGAGCGACUUGGGGUGCAAACUGCAACUGCCCAAACUCAUCGAUUUUUCAGCACAGAUAGCAGAGGGCAUGGCAUACAUUGAAAAGAAGAACUACAUUCAUCGAGACCUGAGGGCAGCCAAUGUUUUGGUUUCUGAGAGUCUGCUCUGCAAAAUAGCUGAUUUUGGACUGGCAAGGAUAAUAGAGGACAGCGAGUACACUGCCAGAGAAGGAGCUAAAUUCCCCAUUAAAUGGACGGCUCCAGAGGCUAUUAACUAUGGCUCCUUCUCAAUCAAGUCGGACAUGUGGUCUUUUGGAGUUCUGCUCUAUGAAAUCAUCACCUUUGGAAAAAUUCCUUACCCAGGUAUGACGAAAACAGAGGUGAUGACUUCUGUGCAGCGCGGCUACCGGAUGCCCCAGCCCGAAGGUUGUUCUGCUGAGCUCUACGAAAUCAUGCUGUGCUGCUGGAAGGACAAACCUGAAAACAGGCCCACGUUUGAUUAUAUGCAGUGUGUCCUGGAUGACUUCUACACCGCUACAGAGGGACAAUAUGAGCCACAACUUUAAGACAUGCAAAAGCCCAGACUCUUUCACUGAGACGGCACAAAUGCACGAUCUCCAGCAUGGGAGGCGGACGCUCUGACCACAUUCAUAUUUGGAACUGUUUCAAAUACAGAUACAUAUUUUCCAGUUUUUGUAAAAUCUGACACUUCCUUUGUAUAUUCAUUUACAUAUGAAUUUAAUUUCAGGCAGUGAGAACACUGCACAGACAAAAUGCACCUUUUUGUUUAGCUUCUUUUUACUCUGACAGGGUAAGUUAAGUUUUUAAGAUUUUUAUAUAUAUAUAUAUAUAUAUAUAU